AUGAAGCAGCGAAAAGUCCAUGUUCCUACACUUGUAGAUUGGCACUGGAUAGGACAAACCGGGUUAAUGGAGGGACUUGAGCCAUACUUGGAUAAAGCAUUCAAUAGCAUUCAUGGGCAAUUUGUUUGUAUGGGGUGGAGACGGCUAUUUGAAAUUCAGGAAGUCGUGUACAAGGAGUUAGUAGUCGAGUUUCUGGCCACGAUUUCUUUUGCACGGAAGGAUGGUAUUUUUGUUGAAUACAACCUUUCUUUUUGCCUUGGUGGAGAAAGGUGUACCUUAUGCCUUGCUGAUUUUGCGCUAAGGACGCAGAUUUAUCUUCCAUCUGAGGUCCUUUCCGAAGUCUAUCAACAAUAUAUUGCUAGAUGUAUUCAGAUUACCAAGGGGUUCAAAGUAGAAACACAUUAA